AUGGCAAGUCAGUUUGAUGAGAUCGGGACGAGGUCAGCAAUCAACAAAGUCAUGGAUACUCCAGAAAUUCUGGAGAUGAUCCUGGCUGGGACGGAUAUGCGCACGCUUCUCACAUCUGCUCAACGAGUCUGUCGCAACUGGGCGAGUCUGAUCCGCAACUCGCGGUCAGUUCAAAAGGCCCUUUUCUUCAUUCCAAUCAAGGACUCCGAGUGGGGAGUAGGAGAGAAGAUACCAAACCCGCUAUUGACGGAGACUUUUGCUUCUUUUUUCCCUACCAAGAACAGACCGGAUACCUACCAGUUCGACUUUCACGACUUGGUCAUGACCAGAGACGCCUCAACCAUGGCUCGAUUCAUAAGAGCAGAUGCAAGCUGGCGCAAGAUGCUAGUCCAGCAACCUCCCAUCUCGAAAGUUGGACUGUUCCAUACUUGCCACGGAAUGGGCGGUGAAAGCGCUGAAAGCGCUAGCAUCCCAGUCAGUCUCCAACCCGCACCCCGAUCUGAUUUCAAAUCCUGGUAG